GCGAACACUGAGGAGGCGGAUUGAGCAACGUCCGAGGCGUCCGUCAGCUCGUGCAGUUUUCCCAGCGGCUUUGGGGAUGGGGAGCCGGAAGGCUUCACUGUAUUGAGUUUGCGGGAGGAAGAUUUCCUCUUGGCCCGGUAAACUCAGUCCAGUAAGCUGGAUGUGUUCUUCUGAGCUUGAUCCUUCUGACUGGCUGCCCGAAGUUUGUAGCUCCAAAAGAAUUCAGAUCCUGUUGUGGGAGAGAGGAUGUCAAACGACACUUAUGUGAAGGAUAUCAAAGCAGGUUUGAAAAACCUGAAUCUCCUGUUCAUUGUCUUGGAAAUAGGGCGAGUGACCAAAACAAAAGAUGGACAUGAAGUCAGGACGUGUAAGGUGGCUGAUAAAACUGGCAGCAUCAACAUAUCGGUGUGGGAUGAUGUGGGAAGUCUGAUUCAGGCUGGAGAUAUCAUCCGAUUGACCAGGGGGUAUGCCUCAAUUUGGAAAGGAUGUCUGACGCUCUACACAGGGAGAGGAGGGGACCUUCAGAAAGUUGGAGAGUUUUGUAUGCAGUAUUCAGAAGUGCCGAAUUUCAGUGACCCCAACCCUGAGUACAUGUCCCAGGCAUCUUCGCAAAACAAACCUACCCUGACUGAACAAGGUAGCUCUUCCACGGCUGGCCUGGUGACAUCUUUGCCCUCUGUGACCUCUGGUAACGAUAGCUUCAAUGCCGCCAGCUCAGUUGGAGCCCCCCUUGGUGCAGUGAAUCACACAGCGCCCGGAGGAGGAAGAGGGAAUGGGCGUGUCCCAGGAGCCCUGAGUGGGCAUUUCUGGCUGGCGUACACACCCAAUUCCUUCCCAUUAACCUCAUCACCACCACCAAACAAACCAUGAUCCAGCCUGGAGAAACCAGCCAUUGAUUCCCACCCACUGGAGGAGCGAACGCGCCAGUCUAACCAACUGAUGGUCUGAACUUAUAUGUGGAUUCCCUCAGUCUGGUGCUGGACUGUGGAAGGAUCAGUGGGUGUGGAGAUGUUUGGGUCUGGUUGACUGAGGAAGGCUGACUGCCGCCUCUGGGAUCUUGCUGUGCCUGGAGGUGGUCAAGACAUGCUACAGAAUACAGACAACCACCCCCCCUCGACCUCCAACCCUUUUCCCUUCUUGGGAUCGAGUGCAAGAGGGAGUGAUAGCAAGAGUGAGAGUUGUUGUGGACCACGCCAAACCUCCCCCAGACUAUUGUUCACAAGAUACUCUAGACCCUGACUUUCUUUUUUUAAAGGUAAGUAUAAGGUAUUGCAUUCCAGAUGUAAUUUGAUUGGUCAAACUUCCAGGCUUGAAGCAAAACACACUUUAUUCAUACAUGAUAGUUAAAAUCCAACAAAAGAAAGAAGAAAUUGUAAUAACUAACGCUAUUGGAAAACUUAACAGAAUAAUAGAUUAUUUACAUCCCAUAAACACACCCUUGGCAAAGGCAAAUUCAGUAAAAUAGAUUGUCUCAGGCAAUUCAGUCCGGGAGAAAAAACAUCGAGCAAAAACUCUGAGAUGGAGAGAGACAAGCAGGGGAAGAUGUACUGCAGCUUCCAAACCCUAGCAACUGCUACUGACUAAGUAAAACUAAACAUCUUGAUUCUGUGGGAAGUGUGACCUCACUCACUCGGGCUGUUUCUAUUGUUCCAACUUGUUUUUUAAAAAAAAACCCAAGGCCUCGCAAGCUGUUUAUUGGAUUGGAGUGGACUGUGUUGCCUCUACCUUUGCAUUUCUUCAUUAAAGAA